UCAUGGCGAAGAUGGAUGAAGAACAGGUUGCUAGCAAAGAAUUCAUUCCGCUUUGAAGAGGCCACCAUUGCUGACAUCCAAGCCGCUUUCAAUGACGGCCGGCUCACUUCCUUCAAGCUUGUGGAGUACUACCUAGACCAAAUAAGAACUCUGAACCCACACCUCAAUGCUGUUAUUGAGGUUAACCCAGAUGCACUCGAUGAUGCAGCCAAAGCCGACAUUCAGCGCAACGCCCAAAACCAUCUCAGCCCGCUGCACGGCAUCCCUGUUCUCGUCAAGGACAACAUAAACACCCACGACAAACUCAACACCACCUCAGGAUCCUUCGCUCUUCUCGGCUCCAUCGUGCCCCGAGAUGCUGGUGUCAUCCAACGCCUCCGAAUGGCCGGCGCCAUAAUUCUUGGCAAAGCAAGCAUGAGUGAAUGGGACAAUUUUCGAUCGCUAGGUCCACCCCAGGGGUGGAGUCCACGAGGGGGCCAAGGCCGAAAUCCUUACUCUAUGACAACAAAUCCAUGUGGGACCAGCAGUGGUUCCGCCAUAGCGGUGGCUGCAAACUUGGUGACAGUUUCACUUGCAUCUGAUUUGGUUGGGUCUAUCACCUGCCCUGCAGUGGUAAACUCAGUGGUGGGCAUCAAGCCCACAGUUGGGCUAGCGAGUCGAUCAGGGAUGGUUCCUAUUUCCCCGAGGCUACAAACCAUUGGGCCAAUGGGACGAACGGUGGCAGAUGCAGUGGCACUUUUGGAUGUGAUCGUGGGAUUCGAUCCAUUAGACAGUGAGGCGACGAAUGCUGCGAAGAAAUUUAUUCCGGAAGGUGGAUUCCACGAGUUUUUAAAAAAAGACGGGCUGAAGGGGAAGAGGAUUGGGAUUUUGCGUCACCCUUACUUUGAUAUAUACCCAGUAGGAUCCAUGGAGGCUAUUACAUUUGCUGAGCAUUUUCUAACUAUGAGAUUUAAAGGUGCUAUUUUAGUGGACAAUCUGAAAAUGAGGAAUGCAGAAAUCAUGGAAAAUAUCACUGCUAAUAGUGAAGUUGUUUUGUUAUUGGCGGAGUUCAAGCUUUCACUCAAUGCCUAUCUCAAAGAUCUCGUGUUCUCUCCCGUACGGUCUCUCGCAGAUGUCAUAGCCUUUAAUAAAAACCACUCGAUUGAGGAAAAAAUGGAAGAGUAUGGACAAAUAAUUUUUUUGGCAUCAGAAAAAACAGAUGGGAUAGGUGUAGCAGAGAAUAUAGCUUUAAAACUAAUGACCCAAUUCGCUCAAGAGGGUUUGGAGGAUCUAAUGAAACAGAACAACUUAGAUGCUGUGUUGUUCCCUAACCAUUAUGCUUCAACUUCAAUGGCCCUUGGCGCCUUUCCCAUCAUUAGUGUUCCAGCCGGAUACAAUAGCAAUGGUGAACCCUUUGGUAUCUCUUUUGCUGGAUUGCGUGGUUCAGAUGCCAUAUUGAUUGAAAUAGCCUAUGCCUUUGAGCAUGCUACCCAUGUCAGAAAUCCACCUCAAAUGCAAGUUUGA